AGCUUUUAAAAUUGCUUUUCUCCACACACAGUCAAAAGAAACUUCCUCUUUGCAAAGUGUUCUGGUUUAGAUUAGGCAUCACAAUCACCUUUGGGGGAACAAAAGAUGAAGACUUGAAGCAGAGUUGGUGCUGCUUGUAGGAACCCAGAGAUGGUCACACGUGAGCUGAUAGGAAAGGCCACCACCACGUGGGCCAGGUGCAUGUCACCCAGCAACAAGGCUUUGUGUUGGCUGAAGUCCCCCAUGGAGAUACCACUCAGAAGACUACAGCCAGCACCAGCUCUGGGCAGAGGAUCUGGGAGGUGUCAUCCCACCUCUCUUCAGACUGAGGAGGUUGAAGAUGGGACAAAGUCUUGGCGGCUCAAGGCAUAGAGGAAAUGGAGUUUUCCCCAACUCUACUAUCCAAGGAGCCGAAGGCUGGUGGAGGAGGAUGGACAGAUGGUCUCCUCUUGCCCUACAUGCCCAUGCUGGGGAGCAGGACUGUCUUCUUCUCUUGACCCAGAGCAGCUGCAGAAAAUUUUCAGGAUUGUGACCCACUUGGCAAAUUUGAGCAGCUCCGUUCUGCCCUGAGGAGCAGCACCCGUCCAUGCUGCAUGCACUAGGAAUCGCUGGGAGCCCCAUGUCACCCUCUGCUGCCUCAGGGAGGGCAGCCCUUUGGCAUCCCAAAGGUCUUUUGGAGAACGAGGAGCUGUUAGGAGUGACAUUCCUUCUCGCUGGUGAAAUAUAUGAGGAAUGCUUGAGUUAUCACGUAGUUUUGGAGGAAGCGCGCCCUCCUUGAGAUACUGAUAUCAUCUCUGGGUGUCCUGGCCCUGUCUGGCUGCCAAGUGCAUUUGCUGAAAUAACGGGGGGGUGAAAAAAUCUGCCUGGGGCAGGAGUGUUGUGCUGCAGGUUGCAAACUGUAGAGCCAAUGAGGGGAGCAGGGUGUUGGGGGGUUGUGCUCCUGUUACCUGAUCCCCCUGCAACUUGCAGGGCCGAUGACUGCGAUGAGUUUUCUUCUCGGCUUACAGGAGCACAGCAGGCAGAAAGUGGGAGGUCUCCUUCACGCUCUUACUGGGGGCUGGCACUCACCCUCUGCUGUGUAGACCUCAGGCAAUGCCUUUGUGCAGCCACCAGUGAUUGCUUUCCCUGUUUCCACCCCCAGAAGCUGAUCCCCAUGCCUGGCCAAGCCCAACACCCAAGUAGCCCCCAAUGGGCACAACGACCAGCAGUGUUGUCCCUGCCACCUCUUCUUCCCACCAGCUUCAUUACCCACCCAGGGUCCUCCUCCCCAUGGGACACAUCCUUCAGAGCUCUGUAGAUCUUUUCUCACGUGUUAUCCUCCCAUUAAACACCAGCCUGGCCCCUGGGGUUUUGCUUUGCUCCAUCCCCUUCCAGGGUGCCCCCAGCUCCACCCAGAAAACCUCUCCCAUCGGAUCAUCUGGUCCUGUCAGAGCACAUAGCUCUGUGCUCCAACUGUCCCCGAGUGCCCCCUUGACCCUGAUGUUUGUGUCUGGAGGUGUUUCCUGGGGACCACAUAGCUGUGAGCCUUUGGAGCAAUGCCCAGGAGCACCGGGCUCCUCCAUACAGCAUCCCUGGAGGGAAGUAGCCGGGGAGAGGAGAAAACACUCUGUUGACCCGAAUUUGAGGAAGGCUAAGGAAUUAGACCAUAGGUUACAGGGGCAUUUUUAGUCGUUUAUCAUGCACUACAUAGCAGCAAAGGAAACAGGGACAGACAGGGGGGUGAGUGGGUUUAUAUCCUAUAGACUAACAUGGCUUUGAGUUAGUGUGCUCCUUUGGGGUGAACUAGAAUUUGAGGUUGGCAGAAAGGUGGCUGGAUGUGAGUCCUCGGGUGACCAGAUCCCAUGGACGAGGUUCUGCUUUGUAUGUGCAAGGCAGAGGCUGUAGAACACACUGCAAGGCUGGCCUGUGCCCAAUGUUCUCUGGGACUGUGGGUCAGCAGGGCUGGGGUAUGCACAGAGCAGGUGUCCAUGGGGCUGUGCUGAGGACUGUGAUAGGGAAAACCAUGGUGUCAAGGCCAAGGGGCUAUGGGGAGGACACGAAGAGAGGGGAUCUGGGGCUGCGAGUGGGACUGGGGAAGGGUCAGGGGUUCCAGAAGGAGCUAGGAGAGGAUCUGGGUACAAAGAACUGGGGAAGCUCAUAAGCAUCCUGCCUUGGUGACCCUGCUUUUGUGAGGGGUUGGUCUGGAUGAUCUCAAGAGGUGCCUUCCAGCCUCAGCUCUUCUGGUUUCUGGUACUGAGCUGGGGAGCAGAGUGGCAGGGAAUAAGGAAGGACCUGGGGGGCACGUGGGUCAGGGAAGCAAUGUGGGAUUUAGCGGGAGGAUCAGGAGAUGGAGGGGUCUUUUGUGGGACAAGGCACAGGGUGUGUGGAGUGAGCAAAGAAUUUGGGGACGGUGGAUAGCCAAGGAGGUGGCAGUGGUGGGGUGGAACAGGAGCUAUGUCCCCAAAGAAAGGUGACCUGGCCCUGGCCUGCGCAGUCCCGUGCAGGCAUGGGGGGAGUGGGGGGGCAGGACCAUGUGUUGCAGUCCCAUAGGAGGGGGUAGGGGCGUGCUGCUGAAUGUGCAGGUCCCGAGUGGCUAUUCCUGGCGGCCCCCGCCUGCGCAGGCAGAUUGGUUUGCAGGGAGGUGACAAGUGCCAGCCCAAGCCUAUAAAAGUUUCCAGCCCCUGUCCUGGCUCAGUGACCUGGUUCCCCCCUCCCAGCACAGCCGUCCUGCAGCACAACCCGUCCCUUCAGAGUGGAGACACCGGAUCUGGAGUGGAGACCCCUGGUCCAGAGCAGGGACCCCAGCUUCGGAGCCAAGAUUCCGAGUCUGGAGGAGAGACUUUUGGUUUGGAGCAGGGACCCCCGCUGAGAGCAGAGAUCCCGGAGCAGAGACUCCAAAACAGCCCCUUGGCUUUGCAGCGAUGACCGGCAAAACGGCUCCAGCUGCUGCAAAGAAAGCACCAGCAGCAAAGAAAGCGCCGGCACCGGCCUCAAAGAAAGCACCGGAACCAGCCCCAAAGGAAGAGCCGGCACCGACCCCAAAGGAAGAGCCAGCACCGACCCCAAAGGAAGAGCAUGCCCCAGCCCCAGCUACUGAAACACCCCCAGCCCCCGAGCAUCCCCCUGACGCGGAGCAGCCUGCAGCCCCUGCAGCCGAGCACGCUCCGACCCCCACAGAUGAAGCAACUCCAGCCCAUGAGGAAGGCUCCCCCCCGGCCGCCCCAGCUGAAGCCCCAGCCCCACCCCCAGAGCCUGAGAAACCCAAAGAAGAGCCGCCCAGCAUCCCCUUGUCCUUGGCUGUGGAAGAAGUGACUGAAAACUCUGUUACGCUGACCUGGAAAGCACCGGAGCAGACUGGCAAAUCGAGCCUGGAUGGAUACGUGGUGGAGAUCUGCAAAGAUGGAAGUACGGACUGGACAGCUGUGAACAAGGAGCCUUUUCUCUCCACCCGCUACAAGAUCCAGGACCUUGGCUCUGGUGAGAAGGUCCACGUGCGGGUGAAGGCUGUCAGCGCCAGCGGCACCAGCGUCCCAGCUACCUUGGAGCAGCCAAUCCUCAUCAGGGAGAUCACCGAUCUCCCGAGGAUCCGCUUACCCCGUCAGCUGCGGCAGGUGUACGUCAGGCAUGUUGGGGAGGCCGUGAACCUGCUGAUCCCUUUCCAGGGAAAGCCGCAGCCCCAGGUGACCUGGACCAAGGACAACCAGCCCCUGGACACCAGCCGUGUCAACAUCCGCAACACAGACAAGGACACAAUCUUCUUCAUCCGCACGGCACAGCGCAGUGACUCGGGCAAGUACCAGCUUGCAGUGAGGAUAAAUGGAGCUGAGGACAAGGCCACCCUGGACAUUCGAGUGAUUGAGCGGCCUGGUCCCCCCCAGAACCUGAAGCUGGUGGAUGUGUGGGGCUUUAAUGUGGCCCUGGAGUGGAGUCCCCCAGCAGACAAUGGGAACUCUGAGAUAAAGGGCUACACUGUGCAGAAGUCAGACAAGAAGAGCGGGAAAUGGUUCACAGUGCUGGACCGCUGCACCCGCACCAGCUGCACCAUCUCCGACCUCAUCAUGGGCAAUACCUACUCCUUCCGUGUGUUUUCAGAGAAUGCCUGCGGGUUGAGCGAGACAGCAGCUGUUGCUUCCGGGGUGGCCCACAUCAAGAAGACAAAAACUGUUUACCAACCACAGAAGAUCCCUGAACGGGACAUGAUGGAGCCUCCCAAAUUCACCCAGCCCCUGACAGACCGAGCCACCACCCGGGGGUACAGCACACACCUCUUCUGCUCUGUCCGGGGCUUCCCCCAGCCCAAAAUCAUCUGGCUGAAAAAUAAGAUGGAGAUACGGGAAGAUCCGAAAUACAUCGCAAUGAUCGAGCAGGGUGUCUGCUCCCUGGAAAUCCGCAAGCCCAGCCCUUUUGACGCGGGUGUCUACACCUGCAAAGCUGUGAACCCUUUGGGGGAAGCCUCGGUAGACUGCAAACUUGAUGUGAAAAUGCCCAAGUGAGGACGGGUUGGAGGCUGAGAUGAAGAGCAAGGUGGAUGCUCCAGCAGCGCAGCACAUGGUGAUGCUCCCAGCAACAGCCUCCACUGCCUGCAGGCCUGUCCCCUCCCCAGCAGUGCUUCUGGGGUCCUGCGCAUUGUCCUGGCCAUGGCAUGGCCCUCUCCAGUUG